AUGACUUUCACGGAGGAAGACGCGGAUGGAUUAUUGCUACUGCAGAAUGACGCAUUAGUAAUUUCUUUAAAUGUAUUAGAUUUUAAAUUCAAACGUGUUCUGGUGGAUCCAGGGAGUUCGGCCAAUAUUAUACAAUUGAGGGUAUUGGAGCAAGCCAAACUCACCGGAAACAUCAUCCCGGCCACAAAACUCCUCGCCGGGUUUAACCUAGCAAGCGUGACAACUCGAGGGGAGAUCUUACUGCCAACGAAUGUCGAAGGGGUGAUGAAGACGACCCUUUUUAAGGUGAUGGGCCGUAAUAUUAUCCUGGGAAGACCAUGGUUGCACGAGACGAAGGUUGUCCCGUCAACAUAUCACCAGUUGCUGAAAUUCCCGACUCCCAAGGGAAUUAAACAAAUAAGAGGUGACCAAUCGGCGGCAAGGGAGAUGAAUGAGAUUUUGGCCUCCAGUAGCAAAGGGAAAUAG